AUGGCAACCGCAGGCAGGGCGCCAGCGUCAGUCGGCAACGAUGGGACCGCUACCAACCCGCGCGGUAUUCCCUACGCUCCUUUCGUGGACAGGGUCGAGGACUACGUCGCCGCCCGAGAGGAUGUCGAGCCCACACUACGAAGCUUCCAGGAGAUGAUAUCGAAGUAUCAGUUUAUGGAAAUGAAUCUCCAGAGGCGGAUGGCAGGUCUGAAAGACAAGAUACCCGAGAUCCAAAAAACACUGGAUACAGUUAACUUCUUGAAGCUCCGCAAGGCCAAUGUGAUGCUUUCAUACACUACGGACGAGGCUGAGGCUCUGUUGAGCUCAAAAUUGGCCACUGCGAGAACAAGUUUAACGCACUGCGAGGAGGAUUUGGAUUUCUUACGGGAGCAGAUCACGACCAUGGAAGUUGCGACAGCAAGAGUUUAUAAUUGGGAAGUAGUACAAAAGCGUAAAGACAAACCAGGUGAGGAGGACAAGGGAGCCAAGGGCCAGUCUGGUGAGAAGACCACGCCUGGCCUUUAA